AAAUAUGAGUACAACAAGUUUCAAGCGUUUCCUGAAAUUGUGUUGUCUUUGUUCGUUGCGGUCAUUCUCGACAACUUAGAACUCGAUGAAGACAUCAAGAAAGUGAAACAAUUGAAAGCAAGGGAACAGUUGGCGGGUAUUAACGAAGAGUUGCCGCUAAGACUUCGGUUGUUUGAGUCGUUCCCGGACUCACCGCAGAUGACUCGCGUUCACAAAGCAUGCAAUGAGUUCUCUGUCCCUAAAGUUCGCGACUCUUUUAUGAGAUGUUUCGUUGAUUUAAGUGAAAUACAAGAAUCACCGACUGGUAAGCGGCUCAUCGAGAAUGACCUCGAAGUGACCAUAAGAAAACACAUACCGUUACGUCUCUUGACUUCGCCAUCAAAGACCCGUCAAUCGAGUCCACUCUUACGAAGAGUUCACGUCUCGUCAAUUGUUUCCGAUUCUAAUAAUCAAAGACUAUUAGUGACUGAUUCGGCGACACAAUUGGCGGGACUCUCGCGAGUGAACGGCCGAAGUAUGAGGCGCUCAGUCAGAGGCAAUCUUAAGGAAGAGGUGGUCCCCGAAGGGGGCGGAGAGAGUGGCGGACCAACAGUGAGAGGACAAGACUUUGACUUUAAAAUGUUGCAAAGGAAGAGACAACAGGCGGAGAUGAGACGAACUCAACGCGAAUGCGAUCUCAGAGAAAACCACCCCUUUUUUGAUACACCACUACUUCUUGUGGGCAGAGAAUCUAAAUUCAGACUUUGCUGUCAAAGCAUUACAAGUGCUAAAUACGACCCAAAGAGCAGAGAUCCCAUUACUGGCAAAGAGCGCAAAGUGAGAUACAAAGGCGCUCACGAAUUGCUAGGUUUAGUGCCAUAUUGUGAUUGGCUGAUGAUCAUUGUCACCACUGCUUCGUGCGCUUCCAUGAUGUUUGAGACGGGAACACAACGCGUAGACAAUACACCGGCACUGAGGGUCGCUGAGUAUACAUUCGUCAUUGCAAUGGCUAUCGAGCUUUUACUCAAGACAUUGGCCGACGGCUUGCUAUUCACUCCGAACGCACUGUUAGCACACGUGGCGGGGAUUAUGGACUUCUUUAUAUUUGGGGUGUCAUUAGUGUUCAUAAUAGUGAUGCCAUCCCACGUCCCGCCGCAGUCUCUCAUACAAACUCUAUUAGUUUUACGAUGCGUUCGUCCGCUCAGAAUCUUCUCAUUAGUACCUCAUAUGCGGAAAGUUGUUUAUGAAUUGUGUCGAGGCUUUAAGGAAAUCGCUUUGGUAUCAGUUCUGCUAAUUGUGUUGCUCUUUGUGUUCGCAUCGGUUGGAGUGCAUAUGUUUGGCGGACUACUGGCCCGAUGUAAUGAUCCCAUCAUCACUAGAAGAGAAGACUGUGUAGGAGUAUUCAAAAGAUCAGUUCAUGUGACGAGAAUGAAGUUAGAAAAUCAUAACGAGUCUAUGCCUGUUAUUCUUGUUCCCAGAGUUUGGGCAAAUCCUCGUCGCUUUAACUUUGAUUCUUUGGGAAACGCAAUGUUAGCUCUUUUUGAAGUGCUUUCGUUUAAAGGAUGGCUCGAUAUAAGGGAUGUCUUACUCGCAAGACUAUCGCCUUUACACACAAUCUAUAUUCACGUGUUUGUAUUCCUUGGAUGUAUGAUUGGGUUAACACUGUUUGUCGGUGUAGUCAUUGCCAACUACGGAGAAAAUAAAGGCACAGCUCUGUUGACUGUAGACCAGAGGCGAUGGUGUGAUCUUAAAAAAAGACUUAAAAUUGCUCAACCCUUACAUUUACCACCUAGAUUUGAAAUACAAACUCUUCUAGUGAUGAUGGGAUCAUUACAUCGGGCCAGUAGUCCGCCAAACAUAUGCACUCCAACCGAUGCGAACACAAAGAGCAACACAAUUAGCAGAACUGAUACCAAAGCGAUUUCCUUAAAGCCUCGACACAAUUCA